GUAUAUAUGCCAAUAACUACAUGCAAGCCACAUCGGUAUGCAUUAAGCACAAGGGAAAAAAUUUGACUCUGUCGGCAGUUUACUGCCCCAUAGUUUCAACAUUACUGAGACCCAAUUUACGGAUUACUUCUCAACUCUAGGUGACAGAUUUCUUGCAGCACGAGACUACAGCGCCAAGCAUACGUAUUAGGAUACACGGCUCUGUAAUCCAAAAGAAUGAAUUCUACAACUGAAGGUAGUAAUUUUCCUACCAUUAUAAUGCCAACUGAAGAGGAAAAUAGAUUUCCUUCGUCGAUGCUCACCUUUGCAGCUGUGAUGACCUUUGUUAUCAUGGUUGUUGGUAUCUGUGGUAAUUUGUUAACAAUAAUUGCACUAAUUAAAUAUCCAAAAGUAAGAAAUGUUGCAGCAGCUUUUAUUAUAAGCUUAUGUCUUGCAGACCUAAUAUUCUGUAUGUUAGUUUUACCAUUUAGUGGUAUACGCUACAUUCAAGGGACGUGGACACACGGUGAAUUAUUAUGCAAACUAAUUCCAUUUAUUCAGUAUGGAAAUGUGGGUGUGUCUUUGUUAUGUAUUGGUAUGAUAACAAUUAACAGAUAUGUAAUGAUUGCUCAUCACAGCUGUUAUGAAAAAAUAUAUAAAAAACAUUGGAUCGCUUUAAUGUUAAUUUUUUGCUGGAUGUUUUCUUAUGGAAUGCAACUUCCCACUUUGUUAGGCGUUUGGGGAACAUUUGGUUAUGAUCCCAAAUUAGGGACUUGCUCAAUUAUGAAUGAUGAACUUGGGCAUAGUAGUAAAACGACCUUAUUUAUAACAGCUUUCGUCAUACCAUGUAUCAUAAUUAUAGCUUGUUAUACAAAAAUAUUUUGGGUUGUUCGUAAAUCUGAGCAGAGGCUUAAACAUCACACAAAGAAACAGAACUCCAUUCCAAACAAUUUACGGUCAACACCUGCGUCAGGUAUUGGCAAAGAUAUGCGAUCUAACAGAAUCUCCUCUGAUAGUAGUUUUUCAUCGGAUAUCAAAGUCGAUGCUAUACAUAAGCCUUCAGAUGUAAGAGAACCACGUGAAAUAAAAUCGAAGCGUAAUGAAUGGAGAAUAACCAAAAUGGUAUUAGCCAUAUUCUUGUCAUUUGUCGUAUGUUAUUUGCCAAUUACAAUAGCAAAAGUCGCUGAUAGAAAUGUUGAGCAUCCCAAUUUUCAUAUAUUUAGUUACAUUAUGUUGUAUCUUUCCGCAUGUAUUAAUCCAAUUAUUUAUGUUAUUAUGAAUAAGCAAUAUCGUAAAGCAUAUAAAACAGUUAUUACAUGUAAAAUUUCGAAACUGUUAAGUUUCACCAAGCCACUCACUGAAAAUAGUGGCAAAGAAAUGGAAAGAUGCAGCAAUGAGCAGCAACCACAGUCGAACUCUGGUGUCCCAAAUAUCCAAUGCAGAUCACCAAAGCAAGAGCUUAAAUUGCUUGCAACUUCAACCGAUUGCGUUAGAAACGAAAACAAAAGCCACAUGCUAUUUGAAUUCUCCAAAGGACUGCCUAAAAGAGGAAGUUUCAAAAGUACGAAAGACGAACAAUGCUUUUCAGUCUGUAAAUCGCAAUAUGUACCAACGCGAGGAAGAAAAAGAAAUGAAUCGAAUUACUCUGGUGGACGGCGAUACCAUUCUGGAGGCUUAGAAACAAUAGAGAGAGAAGAUGAAGUCGAAGUCGAAGAAUUUGACAAGCAUGAAAGUUUACCAAGCAAAAUUGAAAUAAAUCCACAAUCGAAUAAUCUUACUUACACAUAUGUAAGCGCAGAAGAAAAGCCCAUUAUAUCCUCGAAAUAUAAAAUUAAUAUUAGAAAAAAUAUGCAAUAAAUAUAAAAUAUAAAGCCGCGGUUAAACUUGAAACUUAUGGUAUUAAGCUCUAAACUAAUAAAUGAUAUAAAAUAAGUAUUAUUUAGUUUUGUACAUUAAAUUGUUAAAAUAAAGUAGAAAAUAAGAAAGCAUGACCAAAGGUCAUAAUCGAAAAA